AUGACAAUAAUUUAUACAACUCAUAGAAGAGCUGUCGAAACAGCUCUUCCACAAAGUAUUUAUUUGGGUUUAGAAGUGGAUUAUAACCAAGAAACUGACGAAGCUGAGUAUUCAAUUUGCACACAUGAUGGCUGUUAUUCUAUCGAUUUUGAAGUUUCAUCAAUUGAUGUUUCGGAUAUCUCGAAAAGAGAAAGUCACAAAAAUGUAGAAUAUGUUGAAAAAAUUUCUAGAAUAAUUCUUGAGAAAAUUCGCGCUUAUGCAAAAUCUCAGAACUAUAAAGUUCAUGCUAUUGGACUUGGCGCUCAUAUAAAAAUUAAAGAACCGGCAGGCAAAGUAAAUGGAAAGAAAGUUAAAACAUUGUUGUUUGAAGCACCAAGCUUGGCAUCCAGAUUGUGGUUAGAAUGUGAUAUUCUGCCAUUUAUUAUUGGUACAAAAGGAAAAAGCGUUGAUGAACGAGCUAGUUCAGCAAUUAGAAAAGCUGUUAUUUGGUUAAGUCCGCAAAUGCCAGGUUCAAUUCCAAGGAUUUCCGUUGGAUACAGACAUGAAGUUGAAGUCGACUUAAACGGAAUGAUUAAAUUAGUGGAUCUAGCACAUUAUGAAAAUACUGUGUGCCCUGAAACUUGGAAUAUUUUAUUAAAAAUUGUUGAUCAAUUAAAAACUAAAAAAGUUAAAGCCUCAUUUUUUAAUGCGACACCUCAAGGUGGUGGGGUUGCUCUUAUGCGUCAUGCGCUUAUUCGUCUUUGUCGUCUCUUAAAACUGGAUAUCCAUUGGUUUGGCGUAGGACCUUCUGACGCGCGUUUGACACAGGAGGAAAAAGAUGCAUUUAUAGCUUGGUCAAAUGACAAUGUUGAACAUUUCUGGUGCGAUGAAGAUGGUCCAAUUAGAACAAGUGACGUUAUUAUUAUUGACGAUCCGCAAGUGUGUGGUAUUAUUCCACAUAUUAAGAAAUUAAACCCAACUUGUAAAAUUAUUUAUCGUAGUCAUAUAGAAAUUUGCGCUGAUCUUAUUAGAAAUGACCCUACUGGCCCCCAAGCGGAAGUUUGGGAUUUUCUCUGGGGGUUUAUCUCGCAAGCUGAUCUUUUUAUAUCUCAUCCUAUAGAAAAUUUUGUGCCAGAUAAUGUUCCUCGGGAAAAAGUUGUCCUUCUUCCGGCGUCUACAGAUCCAUUAGAUGGGUUGAACAAAGGUUUGAGUCAAUCGGAUCUGAAUUAUUAUAAAUUAGUUUAUAACAGAUUGUCUAUCGACCAAUGUGGUGUUGCGAUUGAUUUCAAUAGACCUUAUAUUGUUCAAAUUGCGAGAUUUGAUCCUAGUAAAGGUAUUCCACUUUUACUUGAAUCAUUCAAGAUUUUCCGUGACAAACUUAAAAAGGAGGGCUGGACCUCUGAAAAGAUGCCAUCACUAAUAAUUUGUGGAGCUAGUAGCAUUGAUGAUCCGGAUGGUGGUCCAAUUUAUAACCAAACUUGCUCGAUAUUACAGGGAUCGGAUUAUGCUGACGUUGCGGAUGACGUUUCUGUUGUUCGUCUUCCAGCGUGUGAUCAGAUAUUUAAUACCAUGUUAAGGUGUGCUCAUGUCGCGUUACAGCUUAGUACGAGGGAAGGAUUUGAGAUUAAACAUGAAGAAACUGGAUUUCUUGCUAACAUUGGUGAUACAGCUCAAGUUGCAGAUUAUUUAUUUACUUUAUUUACAAAUGAUGAGUUAUAUCAAAAUAUGUCAUUGUUAGCAAAAUCAACAGUAAAUGAACAAUAUUUUACAGUUUUUCAAACAUUGAAUUGGUUAUACUUGAUUGACCAAUUUGCAUCAAUAAGAAAGAAACCCGAUAAUUCUAAAGCACUGGUAGGAAAUUCUAAAUGGGUUAAGGAACUUUGGUCAGAACAAUAUAGAUUUUCGCCUUCAGUAAAAUUGUAA